AUGAUUGUCACUGAAACAGCUGGACCUAGUACAGAAACGGAUAAAGCGCACGAGCAAAGUGAAAAUCCUGUAUGGGCCGAUAACUUACCAGCGUUAUCCAGGCCCAUUCUCACUAUCUGUCUGGAUUAUUGCGGCCCAGGCAGCGACGAAGAAUCCGCAUGUAUAACCGAAGAAGUCCAACCCACCGCAGAACAAAAGAAGAAAGCCAUCCAGCGGGCCAGUAGGUUACGUCAAAUCCAAGAAGAAAAUCAGAAGAUAUCUCGCCGGCGGUUGUAUCGGAUCCAGGAGGAGUUUCGAGAGAGGAAUCACAGACCUCUGUGUGAUACAGACAGAACUUUUCUUUCUGAAGGUUCGCCUGCUAAAGUUAACUCCUCAAAGGCUAUUUGCGAAUUGAGCACAUUUGAAAUUUCGGAUGAAGAUGAAUGUGUUGAGUCCAGUACAUCAGUUCAGGGAAAAUCUGACGGUGUCAAGGAUGUAUGCUCAAGUAGUAAUAGCAUCAAGGAAAAUCCGGAUCAACAUGUGUUUUGUAUUGAUAUAACAGAUGAUGAUGUUCCUGCUGAAGGCACCCUUGUUGAGAAAAAUCGGGAAGAAAUAUUUGACACUUUUACAAAGAAACUAGCUUGUGAUAUUGCUUGUCACACGGAAAUUCAACCGAGCUCAAGCCAAAAUUGUACUUCAGGAACUGAGGACAAGUUGAUUGAAAUAUCACAAAAACAGAAACAUAAAGAAGACUCUGUUAUCCAAAUUCUGGAAAUCAUUGAUGAAACUAUUUCAAAAAAAGAGGCUACAACAAAGAUUGACAAUAUGGUAUGCUUAGAUUCUUCUGACGAAGAAACUGUGGAAUGCAUUGCCACCACAAUAAACAUUGAAUUGACUGUUUCUGAUGAUGAAGUCAACAGUAAUAAAUCUGCAUUGUCACUAGAUCAGUCAGAACAUAUUGAUGAUACCAUGCAGAUUCCACGUAUGAAUCCAGAUACUACUUGUGAAAACAUAUCUUCAAGUAUUGUUCAUGAACAAGUUGAAGUAGAUUCACAUAUCAAAGAAAUAUCACCACCCUUUGAAAUCAAAGACAUAGCAGAAGAAGAUCAUGAGCAAUCAUCUAUGAUGUCAAGCAAUGAAAACAUAAGUGAAAUAACCGUAGACCAAUCAGAAAAUAUUUCUCUGGCAAAUAAGGUGUGUAAAGAAUCUACUUGUGAAGAUGUAUCUCCAACUAUCUCUGAAGACCAAACUGAAGUAUAUACAGAAACCAAAGAAAUUUCAACCUUUGACGGAAAUGACAAAAACAUGAAAAAUUAUGGAUCACCUAUGAUAUCUGAUAAUGGUCACUUAAUCCAAACAUCCGCUUCAUCAAUAGAACAAUCUGAAAAAAUCGAAGAAAAUUCAGUCAUUAGAAGAAAAAUUGUUGAUGAAUCAGAUGCAAUACCUCAUAAUGAUAACUUGAUUGAUGAAUCUGCUUUAUCAAUGGAUCAAUCAGGAAAUGUCAAAAUGGCAAUCGAUGAAGAAAAUGAAAAAUCUACUCCAAGUGAAGGAGCUUCUACUUCUCAAGACAAAGUUGUAGCAUCUCCAGAAAUCCAGUCAGAUAUUGAGGAAAAUGAUGGAAAAACAUCUGCUCUAUCUGAAAAUGAUAGCACAAUUGAUGAAUCUGCUUUGGAUCAACCAGGAAAUAUGAAUUUGAUUAGUGAUAAUACCUCUCAGAUUUCAAAUAUUGAGGAUGAAGAAAAGACUUCUGAGAUAAAAGCUUCUACAAAAUUGAAUGGAAUUCCAGCUUCUGAAUCAUUUAUUAUGCCUGGCAAUUAUACAAACAUUGUGAAUUGUUCUUUGCCAAUUGAUCAACCAAGUAGUGAUACCUUUCAGUUUUCAACUGUUGAGAAUGAAGAAUCAACUUCUUGUGAAGAAGCAUCUUCAACUAUUACUCAAGACCAAAUUGUGGAAACUUCAGACAUCCGAUCAAUUUCAGUACUCACAAAUUCGAUUAAAGAAAAUUAUGAAAAAUCAUCUGCCAUACCUAAAAAUGAUGAAUCUGUUUUGGAUCAGCCAGAAGAUAUGACAUUGAUUAGUGGUGAUACCAUUCAAAUUUCAACUGUCAAUACUGAAGAUAUGCCUACAUGUGAAGAAAAUUCAUGUAUUUCUCAACAACAAUCAUCUUCAGAAAUACAAGGAUUGUCAACUUUUGAAGUCAAAGACAAAUUCGAAGGAAAUUAUGAAUCAUCUACUAUACCUGACAAUGAUACUAAUUUUGAGUAUUGUUCUUUACCACCAAGUGAUAAGACUUCUCAGCUUUUAACUGUUGAGGAUGAAGAAAUGACUACUUGUGAAAAAUCAUCUUCUAUUAUAUCUCAAGACCAAGAUUUUGCAUCUUCAGAAACCCAAUCAAUUUCAGUAUGCGGUAUGACAGAUAAGAUUGGAGAAAACUGUGGAAAAUCUAAUGCUUUACCUGAAAAUGAUAACAAAAUUUAUAAAUCUGCUUUGCUAAUAGAUCAACCAGAAAAUACGGAUUUGAUUAGUGGUAGUACCCUUCACAUCUUAACUGUUGAGAAUGAAGAAAGAAUGGCUACUUGUGAAGAAGCAUCUCCAAGUAUUUCUCAAGACCAAAUUGAAAUAUCUUCAGAAAUCAAAAAUAUACCAUUUGUUGAAAUUCAAGACAAAAUCGAAGAAAAUGACAAAGAAUCAUCGGCUUUACCCGAUAAUGCCAUCAACAUUGAGAAAUAUUCUUUGGCAGUAGAUCAUCCAGACAAUAAUAAUCUGACAAGGGAUAAUACUUCUCAGCUGUCAACAGUCAUCCAUCAUGUAUCUACAACAUGUGACAAUGAUAGCAACUUUGAGUAUUGUUCUGUUCCACCAAGUGAUAAUACUUCUCAACUUUCAACUGUUGAGGUUGAAGAAAUGACUACUUGUGAAAAAUCAUCUUCAAUUAUAUCUCAAGACCAAGAUGUUGCAUCUUCAGAAACCCAAUCAAUUUCAGUAUGCAGUAUGACAGAUAAGAUUGGAGAAAACUGUGGAAAAUCUAAUGCUUUACCUGAAAAUGAUAACAAAAUUUAUAAAUCUGCUUUGCUAAUAGAUCAACCAGAAAAUACGGAUUUGAUUAGUGAUAGUACCCUUCACAUCUUAACUGUUGAGAAUGAAGAAAGAAUGGAUACUUGUGAAGAAGCAUCUUCAAGUAUUUCUCAAGACCAAAUUGAAAUAUCUUCAGAAAUCAAAAAUAUACCAUUUGAUGAAAUUCAAGACAAAGUCGAAGAAAAUGACAAAGAAUCAUCGGAUUUACCUGAUAAUGCUAUCAACAUUAAGAAAUAUUCUUUGGCAGUAGAUCAACCAGACAAUUAUAAUCUGACAAGUGAUAAUACUUCUCAGCUGUCAACAGUCAUCCAUCAUGUAUCUACAACAUGUGACAAUGAUAGCAACUUUGAGUAUUGUUCUGUUCCACCAAGUGAUAAUACUUCUCAGCUAUCAACUGUUGAGGAUGAAGAAUCGACUACUUGUGAAAAAUCAUCUUCAAUUAUAUCUCAAGACCAAGAUGUUGCAUCUUCAGAAACCCAAUCAAUUUCAGUAUGCGGUAUGACAGAUAAGAUUGGAGAAAACUGUGGAAAAUCUAAUGCUCUACCUGAAAAUGAUAACAAAAUUUAUAAAUCUGCUUUGCUAAUAGAUCAACCAGAAAAUACGGAUUUGAUUAGUGGUAGUACCCUUCACAUCUUAACUGUUGAGAAUGAAGAAAGAAUGGAUACUUGUGAAGAAGCAUCUUCAAGUAUUUCUCAAGACCAAAUUGAAAUAUCUUCAGAAAUCAAAAAUAUACCAUUUGAUGAAAUUCAAGACAAAGUCGAAGAAAAUGACAAAGAAUCAUCGGAUUUACCUGAUAAUGCUAUCAACAUUGAGAAAUAUUCUGUGGCAGUAGAUCAACCAGACAAUAAUAAUCUGACAAGUGAUAAUACUUCUCAGCUGUCAACAGUCAUCCAUCAUGUAUCUACAACAUGUGACAAUGAUAGCAACCUUAAGUAUUGUUCUGUUCCACCAAGUGAUAAUACUUCUCAACUUUCAACUGUUGAGGAUGAAGAAUCGACUAAUUGUGAAAAAUCAUCUUCAAUUAUAUCUCAAGAACAAGAUGUUGCAUCUUCAGAAACCCAAUCAAUUUCAGUAUGCGGUAUGACAGAUAAGAUUGGAGAAAACUGUGGAAAAUCUAAUGCUUUACCUGAAAAUGAUAACAAAAUUGAUAAAUCUGAAGAAAGAAUGGCUACUUGUGAAGAAGCAUCUUCAAGUAUUUCUCAAGGCCAAAUUGAAAUAUCUUCAGAAAUUAAAAAUAUACCAUUUGUUGAAAUUCAAGACAAAAUCGAAGAAAAAGACGAAGAAUCAUUGGCUUCACCUGAUAAUGCCAUCAAGAUUGAGAAAUAUUCUUUGGCAGUAGAUCAACCAGACAAUAAUAAUCUGAGAAGUGAUGAUACUCCUGAGCUUUCAACAGUCAUCCAUCAUGUAUCUACAACGCGUGAAGAAAUUGAAGAAAUUACUGUUGCCACUAUCAAAACUGAAGAUAAAUAUCCCGAUGUAGUACCUGAUAAUGACGGCAAUAUCAAGGCAUCUGAAAUAUUGAUGGAUCAAUCAGAAAAUAUUAUCCUGACAAGUAAUCCAUUAUCUGAUGGUAUUGAAGCAGCUACUACUUAUAAAGAAGUAAUUGAUGUUUCUGAGUCAUUCAAAGUGCCAUCCAGUCCUCAGCAUUCGAAUAAUGACAAAAUCCAACGUUUUGAGACUUGUGAAGUUCAAGAUCAGUUUUAUGCAGGAACACCUUUGAAUGAUGCUCCUGUAACUGAAAUUGAGGUUACCAUAGAAACUUUACCUGUAGAGCAAGUAAUGCUAGAACUCACUAAACAAACACAUACUGAAGACGACUCCACAAACCAAGAAAAAAUAUCUAAUCAGAAUUCCACUGUUGAAUUUAGCCCUCCACCUGUGAAAAAAAUUGACUCUAUAUCAUUUGAUCCAAAAUCGCCAUGUCCCCCCACGUGCCCUUUGUCAGAUGACCAAUUUGAAGACAUCUCUGUGUCUGAAGAUCCUGUUGACGAUAUUUCUUCAUCAGAAGACCCAGUUGAAGAGGUCCGUUUAUCAGAAAAUCCAGAUGAGGAUAUUCCCAUUCCUGUGAGUCAUGUUGAGGUUGGAGAUUUCUCAGAAGACUGCCUUGAUAAAAUUCCAGAUGAAAAUCAGUUAUUGACACAAGUCAUUGUUGAACCAAAUGAUGAAGAUGUAACAAAACCACUUCAAAUAUCAACGAAUGUGGAAUCAAGUGAAAAUGUUGGUACAGAAUUAUAUCUUGAAGAACAUGUGACGAGUGAAGUUGAAAUCGUUACAUCCUCUGAAACUGUCUCUAAUAUACACUUGUCUCCACAAAUCAAAGAUGAACAGAGACGGGAAAAUCAAUUCCAAGAAAAAAAUGGAGUUGAAGGGAUCAAAGUGAAACAAAUCAAUGAAGGUUUUUCACAGAACCAUGCAUAUGAUGAUAAAAUUGCAGAAAUAGUACCUGAAGAUUCCCUUUCAAAUAUGCGACAGAAAUGUGUAGACACUCAAGUGACAAAUAUCUCUGAAGAAAUGCAAUCUACAACUCAUUAUUAUGAUCGUCCUGAGAUCGACAAAUUGAUUGAAAAGUACACCAACAUUCAGGAAACAGGAAGUAAAAAUGAAAAGAGAAAAAGUCGUACUGCUGUUUCUUGUGAAGUAACUCAUACAUCAGAGCCGUUAGAUUUAUCAAAAGAUAGUAUCAAGAACGAUUAUAGUUUUGAAAGUCUCGAUUCCCAGGACAAUCAAAUAGUCAAUGAUCUCAAUCUUUGUAGUGAAGAAGUUGUUGCUACAACUUCAAAACCCACUGGGUAUUUGCUUCUUUUAGCUUCUGCUGCUGAGAAAAUUGACCCGUUUGGAAUUGAAUACAAAAAUAAUCGUGAAAAAACUGUGCCUGGCAGUUCCAAAUUGUCUAGGAAAAAACAGACACCAAGAAAAGUCAACAAUUCCAAACAAGAAAACAAAAGAGUAACUAGAAGUCAAACCACUAAACCCUUGUAUAUUUCUACUUUCAGUCCCUCCGAUGUUUUUUCUAUAAAAACUGAUUCACUUCCAACUGCAAAAAAAAUGUAUACACAUAAACUGCCGGAUUUCUCGUUCACAAGCGAAGAAAGUAAUGAUAGUGAGAGUAAUAGAUUAAUGAUCAAUGAAGAUGAAGAUGUAUGUUCGAAAUCAACAGUGAAAAAAGAAAACAAAGAGAAUUCUGAACCGCAAGAGGAAAUCUCAACAUUUUGCUUUCAAGAACAACAGCAACAGUUUUCAGUUAAUCUACACAAUACUUCUCUUGAGUCACUUGUUGAAAUAAAUAAUAAAUCUUCUAUUUCACGGGUUAAAACUCCAGGACAACGGAAAUUGUACAGUACCCCGAAUCUGUAUGUGAACAUCCAAAGGAUUGAGGAAAAUAAUUCUCCUAUGGAUGAGGUAGACUUGCUAACUGAUACUGCGGAUAUCGAAGGCAAUACUAAGGGAAUACAAAAUGUUGUGGUGUCAUUGAAUAAUCCUGUAUCCAAUGACUUCAAUUCUGUAUUGAGUAAAGAAGACGUGAGAAUAAACUUACCGAGGUCCGAUGAGCUGAAAGCUAUAGAUAUUGAUGAACUUCCACUUGCUGAGAGAAUCGAAAAAGAUACCAACAAGUCCGGAAGGACUAUUGAAUCAUCUGGUUUGAAAUCGUUUGAAAGUGGUAGCGGCAGCAGUUCAACUGAGCUUAUUUCGAUACCAAAUGAAACGAGUGACAUAAAAAAACAAAGUGAAUCUGAAAUAAAAAACUACUACAUAUUACCGAAACUGAGAGACAAGGAUGGUCUCAAAAGGUUAUCUCAAGUAGAUACUGAUCCAGAUAGAAAUGAUUUUGCUUAUGGUAGUGAAACCACUUCGUCUCCUGAUAAAAAACAACUUAAGCAUCCCAAAUUGAGAGGAAAACCAACAGCGGCCUCUAAAGAUUGUUCUGAACCAUUGACGUGGAAUUGCAAAAAAAAUACUGUAUCGCCAACAACAGAAAAGCUGAUGAAAAAGUUGUAUCAUCUUGAAUCAGUAUUUCCAAUUGAUACUGGUGUAAAAAAAAUUAUGGAAAUAGCAAACAAAACGGAAGUUGAGAAAAAGAAUGAAGGAGUUAAAGUACUUAUUGCUGGUAUUACAACUAAGAAUGAAAUUCCACCAACUAAACCUUCAGAGGCUGAUCCAUCUUCAGAAGUCUGUUUCCAUACGUCCAGUGGAUCCAUUUUGGAGCAAAAUGAAGAUGAACAAGAAUUUGACAGCUGUCCAGUGGAAAAGAAAACGAUUCCAAGUUCACUUGUAGCAGAUAAACAGGAAAUUGACAAAUUAACUUUGAGUGAUACUGCCAAUGAAAAUAGUGGUAUUAUUGAAAAAAAAGAGAAAUUGUCACUUCAGAAAGAUGCAAUGAUAUCUUCAAGAAAGAAAAAAAGCGGUGGAAGAAAAAUCAGUGAACACCCAUUACAUAGCAGAACUUUGCCAGGUGAUACCUGUGUAACAGUAUCUCCAAAGAAAUGUGUUGACACACCAUUAAAACAAAAAAUUACUUAUGGAAUUGCAGAUUCGUCCAAGCACUUCAGCAGAAAAAGGAAGGGAACUGAACAGAAUGACCUGGGAUCUGAUAUAUUAAUUGAGAAUGAUACUAAGAAUCUACAAACAGGAAUUGUUGAAGAAAUAGUAUUGAGCAAUUUGGAACAAAAUGAAAUAGCAGAUUCCAAUGACCAGAAAGACGAAACUUAUGCUAUUGUAGAUACAUUCAAGAAGGCUUCAAAAACCAAACGUAGAACACGAUCCCAAUCACAUCAUAAGGAACAAGAAAAAAAACGUCAGAUCAAAAGGGAAGAAAAAAUUUGUAGCGAUUUAUUAGAGAAAGACGAAUCAAAGUCAACACAUUCAAAUGACGAUGUAGGACCAAAAAAGAUGUCCGUUGCUAGUGAAAGAAAAAGGUUAAUAUCACAUUCAAGUAAAGAGGUAGAUGAAGGGAGCAUUGAAGAAAAUCUUGAUGAAGUUUUAGUGAGUAAAAUUAAGUCCAAAUCAAAAAGGAAAAGCAGCGUGGAGAAAAAAUUGUCAUUAACAUCUAAAACAGACAAACAAGAGAUUAAAUUAGGAGAAGAGAAACACAGUGAUUUAGUAAAGACGGAGUCGGAGGCGAAACUUGAAAAUUUUCCUACCUCUACAAAAUGUGUUAACUAUGAUUCACAGAGAAGAAACGAUGGAGCCUAUUCAAUCAACCAGUUAUUGAAAGAUAAUUUGACAGAUGAAAAAAAUAAAAUCGAGGAAGAAACAUCUAAAAGAUCGCCAAGAGUAAAAUCAAGGAUAUGUUCACGAUCACAUAGCAAGGAAAAUGAGAAGAACAUUAAACCUCAAGCAGAAGAAAAAAAUCACAAUGUUUCAGUAGUAGAAGUCAAAAGUAAUGCCGUACCAAGUGGAAAACAACGGAGGAAAUUACAUUCAAGCAAUAAGAGAGCUAAAAGUAUCAGUGAAGAAGAAGAGCUAAAUACAGUUACCGUUAGUAACACUGAGUGUCAGUCGAAGAACAGCAUAGAGAAAAAAGAACCGAGACAAAUAAUAAAAGGCAAAGAAAAAUCAUGCGAUAGGUUAACAAAUGUGAGAUCCAGGUCACAUUCAAAUAAAAUUGAGAUAUUCAAAGACACAAUUGAUCAAUGUCAUCUGUCUGAAAUUGCCUGUGAUGAAAAAUCAUGUCAGCCAUCUAGUACUACCAAUGAAGACAAAAUUGUGGCUGAUAUAAAGGAAGAUGAAAUACCUGAAAACAAAAGAAGAAAGUCUAGUUCUUCGAGAUCAAUACCUAAUCACAGUGUGGAAGUUAAAACAGAAGAAUUACUCGAAAUUAGUAGCUAUCGCAGGGCUAAUAAUUCACGAUCUAAAUCUAUUAGUGAUGAAAAAAAUUAUGAGAAAGCUGAAGACAACAGGAGUAGGAUAAAACCGGUAUAUUCUGUAAGCUCCUCCACCAAAGAAGACACAGUGAUAACGGAUACAUUGAAAGAAAAACUGGAUGAAAAGAAGAGAAGAAAAUCUAGUUCUUCAACAUCAAUAUCUGGAAACAGGAAAGAGGCAAGUUCAAGAACGAAAACUAAGAGUACUAACUCUAAUUUGAAUUUGAAGAGUAAAAAGGAUACAGCGGAGACUGCAAAUCUUGAAAAAUCGAAACUUAUUCAAGAUAAUGAGAAACCAAGGAAAGUUAGAAGUGAAAACAAUAUAUCAUCUGGAAAAUCUGUACUGCAACCACAUGUUGAUGAAAACAAAGAAAAAGAGCGAAUAAUGCAGGAUUCAAAAUCAAACAACCUCGUUUUUGUCGACCAUGACAUAGGGAAUGAUUUCUCUAGUUGUUUACGAAAGAAAUCAAAGUUAGAAGAUAAUCCAGCCUCUGAUUGUAAGCCUGAUGAGAAAAAAAGUAGAGUACUUAGUGUAAAAUUAACUCAAAACAGUUUCAACAAUUCAUGUUCACGCAUAGAGCCUGAUAGCCAAAAAGAUGAAAAAUCAUUUGAAACAUACGAGAAAGAAUUGUCAGAUAUGCUGAAAGACACAGACAGGAAAAAAACUAUUCAUGAAGAAAAAGAGAGAAACGCAGAGCCUAUAAGUCGUGCAAGGUCUAGGUCAGGUUCACAUACGGAUAAGAAGGUGCCCGAAUCUUAUGUAGGUCAAAGCUCUUCAGAAGUGUUUGAAGAUUCAAACAAUCCAUUAGUUGCGAAUAAAGAAACUAUUUCUGCAUUAUCUGGUUUGAAAAAUAAAGAAGUUAUUGGAGUCGUUUCAAGUUUUGUUGAUGAAACAAAAAUCGAUAAAAUAUCAGAAAAACACAAAAAAGGUACUCUAGAUCCAAACCUGUCAAGUCUAAAUAUUAUAGAAACACCUAAUGAGGAAAACAAAAAUAGAGAUUCUAAUAUUCUUACAAGAACUCAUUCAAAUUCAGGUACUCAUAGGAUUCAAAGAAGAAAAUCUAGAAAAGCUAGACAUAUUCCUAAGGUUUCUGAAAAUGUAGGUAGUUCUGUAUCGAUAGUUCCCAAAAAAGAAACAAAAAUUUCAUCAUCCCACUCAAAAACUGUGACAAAUGAUAUAAUCCCCACAAGUUCUGUCAAUAUGCCAACUGAGGAAGUAUCAGCAAAAGUGAUUAAAGAAAUUGAAUGUGAUACUCCUCAUUCAAAUAGUCGGAAUGGAGAUGAUGUAGGAACAAAUAAUAAGGAGGCAAAUAGUCAAGAUCUCAGUCAUUCAAGAUACCAUUCAAGAAAUGAUGAGAUUGGAAAGAAAAAUCCUGAGCAAGGCAAAAUUAUUGAUGUCAGUCCUGAGGUUCCUGAAGAAGAUUCAGAUAAUUGUCCAUUGACAGUUUUCGAGAAAAAAACUGAAAUUUCAUCACCAAUUAAUAUGAUCCUUGAAAAUUCUGACGAUAUUUCAAUUGCGAAAAUGUGUGGAAAUUUUAUAGAAGAAAUUAAAUGUAGUCAAAGUGAAAAUGAUGUAGAAAUAAAUGCUGAGGAGGGGAAAAAUCAAGAUCUUAUUAAUUCAAGGGUCAAUGAAAUUGUGAAAACAAAAACUAAGGGAAGAAAAUAUGUUUCGGUGGUUUCUGAUAAGGAUUCAGAUAGUUGUCCAUCGACAGUUUCCAAAAAAGAUACUGAAAUUUCAUCACCAAAUAAUAUAAUUCUCCAGAACUCUGUUGAGCAAACAUCUGGGGAAAAUAUUGAAGAAAUUGGAUGUACUUCUUUCUAUUCAAACAGUCAAAGUGAAAAUAAUAUAGAGGAAAAUAAUUCAAGAAAUGAUGAGAUUAUGAAGAAAAAAACUAGGGAAGCCAAAAACAUUUCUGAAAUGUCUGUGGAUCCUACAGCGAUUGAGAAGACAUCAGAAAAUAUCAGUGAAGGAAUAAAAAAUUAUAUGGUUCCUUCAAGCAUCGAAAGUAAACCAGGUUUUGAGGUUGAAGUAACAAAAAUGUCCUCUAACAGUAUUCUUCCAAGUUCAUGCAAUAUUACAAUUGAUGAAGCACCAGAAAACGACACCAAAGGAGCUAGUAAUAAAACUCUCCAUUCAAAGUACCACAGUGAAAUGAUUGAAACAGAAAAACAUUUAAAUUUCAUUCCUUCAAGAUCACAUUCAAGGGUUGAUGAUACUGUAAAGAGAAAAACAAAGAAAGAUAAAAAUUCCUCGAAAGUUUCCGAUGAAAAUACUAGUGAUCUGUUGGAAGUUCACAAAAAGGAAUUCAAAAAAUUAUAUCCUGCAUUACCAUGCCACAAAAAUAUUCAAAGUCCUUCAUUGUCUGACGACUCUCAAAUAAUUGAAACACCAUUAAAAAAUGCAACUGAGGAAGCAAAACAUUCUGAAGAAGAUGAAUUACAUAAUGUUUACAGAGACACUUUAGUUUGUUCGUUGAUGAUUGAGAACAUAGGAAGUGGAACUGCACCAUCACAUUUUCCUAAAAUAAUUGAAAAAUCAUCAAGUAACACAACUGAAGAUAGCAAAACUAUCAUUUCUAAAGAUACUGAAAGAGAUAUAAGUGGUAUAUUGUCAGAAGAGAGAGAAGGAGCUGAGGUAUCAUCGUCUAACUUGAAUGAAAUUAGUGAAAACAUUUAUAAUUAUUCUGAUAGUAUCUCAACAUCCCAGUCAAAUUCUUCAAUAAUAAUUGAUGAUAAUAAAAAGAGGACAUUGUUGGAAAAAGAAAUUAAAGAAAAAGAACAGCUUGGAAAUAUUAAAAUGCUCCCACGUCCUUUUCAAGGUGAAAACAAUGUAGAAAAAAAUUGUAAAGAAGAAAACUUUGUUCUUAUUCCACAUUCAAGUACUCCAAAGAGAAAAACUAGGAGAAGUAAAAGUUCUUCAAAAAAUUCUCAAGAUAACUACAAUAGUAGAAGCAAUACAGUCCCAGAAGUUGAUGCAACCAAAAUUUUAUCAUCUUAUUCACAAGAUAUUAAAACACUUUCGAGUUUUGUGGAUUCUACAACAGUUGGGAAAACAUCUGAAAGUGUCAUUGAGGAAACAAAGAGUUUUACUCUCCAUCCAAAUUUUGAAAGUAAAACAGUUGUAGAAGACAAAUGGGAAAAUGUAAUUUCUUCACGACAAAAUUCAAGGACUAUAAAGAAAAAAAUUGAGGAAAAUAAAAUUUCCUGUUUAGUUCCUGAAGAAACUACAAAUAGUGAUCAUUUAACAUCAACAGAUUUAUCAAUCAUCUCAAAAACCUCAGAUAAUACAAUUAAAGAUAUAAAAGAAAAUUAUGCUGCUGAAAUAGAAAAACAGGAAGUUUCUAAUAUCAUUUCAAAAAGACAGACACCAGAGAUUUGUAAGAAUGUCCAUGAAGAAAAUUUGAGUACUUCAUUAUUGGUUAAGAAACAAGAAAUAGGAAUUUCAACACCAGAAUAUCUACCAACAAUUGAAAAAAAAUCAGAGGUCCAAAAUUUUACAGUUCCUGACCCAAUUCAAGGUGAUGAUUUCAAGCAAGAAAAUAAUGACAAGGAGACCAAUAAAAAAUCGGGAAUACAGAAACAACCUGAAAGUUCUUCGAAAAUUUCCGAAAUUUUGAUCAGUUCAUUGGUGGCUGAAAUUGAAGAAGCCAAAAUUUCAUCAUCUGGAAUAUCAAAUGAGAAAAUUCCUCGAGAAAGUUUGAAUACUUUCAAUAUCAAUGACAAAAAAUCAAAUACUGCUGACUAUUGCUCUAACAUAAUUUACAAACCUUCCGAAACAAUAAAAUUGGAAGAAUCCAUACCCCAAAUCGUAAAUGUUCUUGAAUCGGAAUAUGUGGUGAAGGAAGCGGCAAAAACAAAAACACAAGAUGACUCAACAGUGCUUAUAUCAACAAUCGUGAACCAUAACAAAGGAGCCAUUAAUCAAGAAGAAUGCGAUAAUUUUGAUAGCAAAUCAUUAUUUGAGACGAAUACGACUGAACAAACUCAUUCUCCUACACCUGAAUAUGGUUUGAUUUUAGACAAAUUAAAAGAACGUUGUCAAACUCCCAGAGGAUACAAUGUCGACAAUUGUUUUGACUUUGUUGAAAAUCCAAGUGUGGUUUCUCACCAGUCAGAUGAAAUUGAUGAGCAAUUGAAAGCAUCUGAAGAUGACAUGAUAGUGGUAAAUAAAGAAAUUACCAACGUAUCAAAAAAUAAUCGCAAACGAAAGAGAUCAAAGGCUUUGGAUGAUGAGGUGAAAUCUAAGGAAAAUUUGGUGGAUGUGCUUGAAAAUAAUUGUAAUACUAGUAUUUAUGAUGAUUUCCACAAAGCUAGGCCGUCAACAAGUUCUGUGUUGUCAAUUUCAUCUAAAAAACAAGAUAGAAAUUUGCUUGAGUGUUUAGUGGACUCUUCUAGAGAAGAGAAAGAACAUUUUAGCAGUGACUCUUACGUGGAACCAGAAUCUACUGUUGAUUUCAGUCAACUAAGGGACAAAAACAAUUUCUUCACGACAAACGACUUCAAUAGAAAAUACAUGUCAUUUUUGCGACCAGAACAAAAAAUGAGAGACAGAUUUCCUGUGAAAAAUUCGAAUAACCAUGUUACCGAAGAUGCUGUUACUACACAUGAGAACCCUCAAAUGGAAAUCGGACAUUCUACUUCAUCCGGUCAACUAGAGACCGAGGAAGAAAUAACAAAAUUUGACAUUCCAGAAAUUGACUCUGAAAUUGUCAUAUCGUCCGACGAAUCUUCUAGACUCCCGAGCAAAACAGAUCUGCUGCCAUUCGCUUACCCCAAUGGCAGUGAUGCAAUGCUACUACGACAGUUGGAAAACUAUGAUCAGCAAGACAGACCAUUGUCAGAUUGCUUCAGCUGUCUUCCCAGCAACAUCCUGGAGGUUUUAGUGGCUGCCCAGCCUGUUCCUCAGGAGGAUAAGGGAGUGGUGUCCUAUAUGAACAUGGGUAUGGAUGCAUCAUCAAAGUCUUGUGUGAACGAUCCUGCUUAUUUGUCGGGUAUUGGCGUAUCAGAGUAUCUGGAAAAACUCAACGCGACGAGCUCCAUCCGAGUGCAGACCAGCUCAGUGCAUCAAACUUCGAUAAACAUCUCGCACAAUGACGAUUUUCUGCAGAACUCUCGAUUGUACAACUCGUCUCUAGAUCAGGACAAUAAUUUCUCUUUGAUUUCCGGAAACUCUGACAUGGCUGCUAACUCGAGGCUGUCUAAUACAUCAUCGAUGACGUCUAGAGGUGUGUCCGUCAUUUCUGAGGUAACCACCAUAACGUCGAGAGAAAGACUGGUGUAUAAUAUGCAGGGUAGGGCUGCGACAGAUAUUCCAUUGGAUACUGUUCAUGCUAGACAGUCUAUGAACCAGGUGCAGAUAUCACGGUCGAGCAGGCUCAUCAGUAGGGUAUCUGGAUCUAGGACAAUUCCCGAAGGGUAUCAUCCCUUGAUGGAAAUCACAGUCAGCAAUGGCGAGGACCAUACUUAUUCUAAUUCAGCUGAUCCUGUUAUUGGAGGAAGUAUUGGUGGUGAAGACAGAUACUUCACAAGCUCAAUAGACACAAACCCAGAAUUAAUGCUCGAAUUGAGGGACAUCAUUCCGGAUGACUAUAAACUGAACGAGUUCAACAAAUCCACUAUAGAAAAUUUGUCUAUGAUUGCAAAUGAUAUUUUUGAAGAGAGUAAUGAUAAAAAGGAGUCAGAUUUCACUGUUGAGCCAUCUGUCAAUAGUGGGCACACGCCGUCAUGUGAAGAGUGUUCAACACCGGUCUCUUCAUUGUCUCGCAGUGCUGAGGCGGCUGUCAUAAGUCAAAGUGCGGACGAGAGCAAUGAUAAGAGAGAAUUGGACUGUAUUGCUGAACCUAGUAUCAAUAGUCGGCAAACAGGACCUUGGGAACAGAUAAUUGAGAAUGAUAAUAAUCCACAGAAAGUGUUGGUUGUACCGAAUGAUCAGUCAACACCUUUAUUCACAAUGUCUCACAGUGAUAUAUUUAAUUCUUUCAGAGAGCCAGAUUAUGGUAGUCCUGAGACUAGUAACAAUUCUAUAUCUAGUCUUACAAGUGAUUCUUGUGUUGUUGGAUCACAUAUUGUCAAAAACGAUACAAAAGUCUCGGGUAUUGCAAAUAACUCACCGAAAGAUAAUAAUUCUAGUGCUAUGAAAUCGGAGACCCCCAAGAAAUCGCAGAAGAGUGAGAAAUGCCAAGAACCUCAGGAAAUGUUCUUGCCUACUAGAAAAUACAGCAGGACUUGUCCUUCGAAGUGGAUUCGAAAUACAAAUCAACAAUCGGUUAGUAACCAGAAAACACCCAUCCAAAUAAAAAAAGACAUUAGUUCUGAACAGUCCAGUUCAACUGAAAGUAUAUCAACGGAUGAUUUGUUGAAACUACCAUUAACAAAAGCAAUAGACACCGGAUCAGUUCUCCAAAACAUUCCGGAUACCAGAGAAAAAUCGCGAACCGACAUGGCAUCAUCGAAUACCAAUUUCCCAAAUUUACCUAAAACCUCUCCUUUGAUUUCAGAUACUAGCCAUCCAAUCCCCUCUCUCCCCGAGAAAACCACCCCGGUUCAGUGCAAGGUCCAAAAUCCCAACCAUCCCCAAAAAACGAACCAGACGAAGCACACCUCCUUGGUAUUGAACAACAUCCCGUGUCCGAAAAGCUCCCCCACGACCAACACUAGGGACAUCCAACAAGUGCUAGCCCCGCGUCCCAAAAUCGCGAACCCCCUUAUCGAAAGGAAACCACCGGAAAAGAAGCCAUCCGAAGAAACGAGCGACGUGCGACUCGACAUCGCCGGAACCGUCAAACUGCGGAAGCGGACUGCCACCACUCUCUACUCGGCCAACUGCGACGUGAGGAACCCGACGCCAAAGAGGAAGAGGACGCCCAAGAGGAAGAGGACGACGCGCGUGCCCAAACCGACCUGUCAACCGACUGUCAAGACGUACCAGAGCCCAGGCGGACCGGUGACUGUCACCACAGAGAGCGAGAAUCCGCUGAGGAUUCGGUUGAAGGUCGGGGACAAGUCGGCGAAGGGUGGUGGUCAGAGCGGGUCUAGAAGCUCCAGCGACUACACCAUCCACAAGAUAUUGAAUUUGCAAGACGAAGGCAACGUGAGUACGAAUUUGCAUAAAAAACCUUCACAAACCAUAAGAUCUCCACAAAAUAGUACACUCGAUAGCAAGAAACAGAUUGACGUGAUCUACGCGGAUUUCAGCAAAGUCUUUGAUCGUGUUUCUCACCAACAGCUGAUAAAUAAAUUAUCUUCAUUCGGAAUAUCACAACCGAUUCAAGAAUUAUUGAGCUCAUAUUUAAUGGAUAGGCGUUUAUUCGUCGAAAAUGAGGGCGUGAAAUCGUAUACCUUCUCUGCUCUUCUAUUUCUCCCAUUUGUUAAUAAUGUCUGUUCGUCUAUACAAUCACACAAAUUACUAUACGCGGAUGAUAUGAAGAUAUUUAGAAUUAUUGAUGACGAAUCGGAUUGUAUAUCUUUGCAGAUUGAUGUGAAUGCACUUAAUGUUUGGUGUGCUGUGAAUAAAUUAAACCUCAAUGUCGAAAAGUGCAAGGCGAGCACAAAAAGGCAUUCUCUCAGAACCGAGGAAAAACCUGCUAAGGUCAGGAAAGUCGAGACUUCACGUACUAGUACGAAGGACGAUCUGUUCGAUAGGCUCAAGGACGAAGGCAAUAUCAACGUGUUGUUUUCUAACAAUAAAACGUAUGACAAGUACCAUGACCGGGAUGUGCCUAGGACCAAAGACCAUCAAGUGUCACCUUCGAUCAGGGAGGACGCCAAUCGGGUUUCUGCUGCUUCUGCCGUGAAAAAAGAAACUUCUAGGUAA